AUGAUAAUUGCAGAUUUUACUAGCCAACUUCGAGGUUGGUGGGAUAAUUAUAUGACCCUUGAGCAAAAAGUUGUUGUUAUUAAUGCUACUUCUAGUAGUGAUGGUGUUGAUAACCUAGGUAUGGCUCUUGUUGCAAAUAGAGAAGAAGUUGUAUAUGCCUUAGUCUUAACCAUUUUAGAACAUUUUAAUGGUAGAUUUACCAAUCAGUUUGAAACUGUUCGUACCCUGUUAAAUUGUCUACAUUGUAGAACCUUGGGAGAAUUCAGGUGGUAUAAAGAUACCUAUUUAAGUAGGCUAAUGGAACUACCCGAAAACAAGUUAAAUAAUUGGAAAGCCAACUUCAUAGAUGGCCUUCCCCCAUUAUUUGCAAUAAGGGUUAAAAAGAUGCUUAGAAAUGAGCAUGGUAAAAUUCCCUACCAGGAUUAUACUUUUGGUCGACUUAUAGGCGUUUGCAUUCAAGAAGGGAUAAAUUUGUGCAAUGAAUUAAAGUUAUCUAUACAGCUUAAGAUGGAUAAGCUUAGAGAAAGAUCUCAGCUAGGAGACUUUUGUACCCAGUUUGGUUUACCUGAUAUUUCGGCUAAUAGCAAAAAGACCAAACAUAGAGAUUCUAGAGGCUCCAAUCCCGACAAACCUUAUAGAAAGAAAAGGUCUAAACAUAGACAUAGAUCUAGGGAAGAACGGGACGAGAGAAAAGCUUAUUGUAAAUCUAAUAGAUUUACCAAGAAUAGGUCUAAGCGGAAACUCGCCAAGAUUAAAUGUUAUAAGUGUGGAAAUUUUGGGCAUUUAGCACCCAAUUGCAAGCUUGAAAAGCUGAAAGCAUUAGACCUUGAUGAAGAAGUUCAUGAUAAGGUUUAUAGUUUUUUAUAUACUUCUAGUUCUGAGUCCGAUUAUGAUUCUGCUUCAGGUUCAGAAGAAGAAAUGGAGUUGCCUGAAUCAUCUGAUAAUAAUCAGCGUGAUAAUAUGAAUGCUUGCUAUACUUGCAAUGGUGAUACUUGCUUAUGUGAAAGUGAUGAGUUCUUUUAUAAACUGCAAUCUCAAUUUGAAGAUUUGAAUCUAAACACUAUUACUUCUGAUAAUGUGAUAUAA